AUGGCGCUCAUAUCUGCCAAGACAAUUCUCACCUCGCUGUCCCUGUUCCACAUAACGCUGGGCUUCUUCUUCCUGACAAAUCCGGCCACCAUCGCAGACCAGUCUCUGGUCUAUGUAAUGGGAGAGGCCAUGGGCAUGCCAUACGCACGAAGUUUCGACAACCAGUCCCCCGCUCUUGCGUUCCUCGCCGUCGUACUGGCCACUUUUGGUAUCACCGACCUCGUCACCCUGAGCCUGCCCGAGGAUAUCUGCCUUAUACACUACUGGGGAACACAAGCGCCUCUCCGACUCAUGCUCGCCUUUAUCGCCAUCUUCUAUACCUUCACAUUCUCUCCGUCGUCUCCUCUAUACGCUCCGAAGUCGUCCUCGCGCAGCCAUUUCUCCCGCCCGAACGCCCACAUCCACAAUCCUGGUUAUGCUCCCGCCAGCUGGGGUGGCGAUGGACUCAAGAACCGCAUCUUCUUCACCUUCAUGUUCAUCGAGAUGGUCAGCUGGUUCUGGGUGUGGGUGACCCUGCGGGAGGAGCGCAAGGAGAUACUAUCGCGCAAGUCGCAUCGUAGGCGGAGCAGUCAUAGCUCCAGCUACAGCAAGUAUUAA